AUUAGAAGUAAUACAAAAAAUGAUAGCCAAAUGUAAUAGAAAAGAAAACUGUGAGGCCGUGGUGAUAGGGAACUGUGGAUUUCGAAGUUGGAUGUCUUAUACUGUGAGACCAGGAAUCUCAAAGAUGAUAGACUUACCACCACGUGGCUUGGAGGGCUGA